CGUAGAACUCUCCAGUUCUUCUGUACCGGCGGUUUUUCUCCCCUACAGUCGGGUACAAUCCCCGUUAGGAUUUGGAAAUCUGCGGCUUUUGCUCCGGAGUCCGGCGAUCCACCCACUGGAAUUUUUUACGGCUUGUUGAUUUAUUAGCGCCGGAUCUGAUCUGGGAUUUUGUAAGAUGAUGCGUAUGAGGACAGCGGCGGCUGUGGCGGCGGAGACUGGGCCGGUGAAAGCGUUUGUACCUAUGAAGGAUUCCCCGGCGACGAUUCCGGUGAACGAACAGGCGAAGUGGGAGGUUCGCCCGUGCGGCAUGCUUGUGCAGAAACGGAGCUCGGAAGACUCUGCCGUCGCGGCGCCUGUGCCAACCUUCCGCCUGCGUGUCAAGCAUGGCUCUAUCUACCAUGAGAUCUACAUUAGCUCUCAGGCUACCUUCGGGGAUCUGAAGAAACUGCUUGCGGAGCGAACAGGUUUGCAUCCGCAGGACCAGAAGAUACUGUUUAAGGACAAGGAACGAGAUUCCGCCGCCUACCUUGAUAUGUCUGGUGUUAAAGACCGAUCAAAAAUGGUGGUCGUCGAGGAUCCGGCGGCCCAGGCCAAACGCGUUCUGGAGAUGCGACGCGCCGCCAAGAUGGAAAAGGCCGAAAAGUCAAUCUCCGAGAUCAGCCUCGAGGUCGACAAACUAGCUUCCCAGGUGUCGGCGCUGGAAGUCGUAAUUUCGAAAGGAGGGAAGGUUUCGGAGAAUGAAUUGCUGAGACUCAUCGAGCUGCUGAUGAACGAGCUGCUCAAAUUGGAUGGCGUAGUCGCCGACGGCGAUGCCAAGUUCCAGAGAAGAAUGCAGGUCAGAAGGGUUCAAAAAUACGUGGAGAGGCUGGACGUGAUUAAGCUUAAGAAUGCGAUGCCCAAAGCGUAUAACGGAGAAGCUCCGGUAACGGCGCCCCUGCAGCAACGGCAAAAAAAGCAAUCGUCCCCAUCCCCGCAGCCGCCGUCGGUAAUCGUAACAACAAAGUGGGAGACUUUUGACUCCCUCUUCUCACCCCGGGCCUCUGCAUCUACCUCCACCACCACAACUGCUUCCUCCACCGCCGCUUCUUCCGCCGCGCCCACCCCAAGGUUCGACUGGGAGUUGUUUUGAUUGCAGAAUAGAUCAGAUUGUAGGAAAAAAGUUUACAUGCGAGCUGUACGCCGACGGUCACCUCUUUAUAAUUCAGAUUUGUAGAUCAAAGAUGAGACUUUGGCCGUCGCUGAUGAUUGUGCUUGGUCGUUGUCCUCUUCGUAGUUCUUUCUUUGUGUUUCUUCUCUCUUCCUUCCACCUUUUUCACCUUUCUUAAAACCAUUGUUGUUAUUCUUUACAUAUUUGAAUGUGCAGAUCUUGUGAUAAUGAAGGGCCUGGGUUAAUAUUACUAUUUCAGAUAAUGAUCACCUUGUAAAAAUAAAUUGGGUUUAUAUAAUAAAUCAAUGAUAUGAAGCUUCAAGUGCAA